AUGACGGACACAAGCGUACCUGCUUCUCAAGCACUUCAUCCCAUGGAUGCCUAUGGCCGUGCUGUUAAUGGCAUGGAUAGUGCUUGGCACAAUUCGCUUCGUCCACCGCAAACGCAUCGACAUGGGCGCCGACACAAUCGUGCCGCUGUAUCUGAGGACUUCCAGGGCCGUCACCGUACGGAAGCUGUAUACCCAUCAGCAUCGUCUGUGGACUUGACGUAUACGCAUCCUUUCCCGGGCUUCUCCCCUCUUCCUGUGAUGCAAGAGACGCCUUUCAUGACGAUUGCGCCUCAAGCCAUGACUCCGCAGCGCUUGGUACCUAUAUCUCCCAACCCACAGCCUGUGACACCUGUCAUGAAUUAUCAGUCGAAUGGGCCCACGGACGUACAAAGCCACGCUGUUCCAUCGCUUUCCUUCUCCAUGACAUCAGCAGGUGAACAGACUCCGACCGACACAAGUGGCGAGCUGGACUCGCCACCUUCCCCGACACGCCAGCCUGUAUCGCAUGCGCGAGGGAAAUCGGACAAGUCGGAGGACAAUGUAUACCAAACGGCUGCUCAAACGCAUACGCCUGUGGUCACCACGUCCGCUGCACAAGCCGCCUCUGCAUCGCGUCGGAAGGCCGAGGCGCUGUUUACAUGCCCCUUCCCUGACUGUGGCUCCACAUUUACACGGCAGUACAAUUUGCGUGGGCACAUGCGCUCUCACAUGGAUGAACGGCCGUUUAAAUGUGAUUGGCCUGGUUGUGGGCGUAGUUUUGCGCGAACGCAUGACUGCAAGCGGCAUCACAACCUGCACUUGAACAUCAAGCCGUACCAGUGCGAAGGAUGUGGAAAGACGUUUGCUCGUUUGGAUGCCCUAAACCGGCACCAUAAGAGUGAAGCCAGCACGUGUGGUGCCAAAGCAGCCAACGCCAAAAAGAACACCCCUAGUUGA